AUGAACACUGGGCCACAGAUUGCACACAAUACCGAACUCUUUCACAGAGACGUGCACAAUGCUACAAUAGAAACCGCUGUGAACACUACUGAGGAAGAAAAGCAAGGCAAUAAGACCAUAUCCAUUGCAACGCUACUAUCCCAACAACUCUACAAAAGACUAGUAGAACUAGAAUGCCAAGCAGCCGCCUUCAAUCUUUCACAAAUCAACUCGACAAACCAAGGCAACAAUAACUCCAAAGACGCAACCCAGGACUCACUCAUUCAGCCACUGAAUUCCUUAAUGAUUGAUCAACGCCUAUUCAGCGGCGAUAUAAAACUACCAGAAUUCCAUGGCAACCCAUCGGAAUUCGGUUCAUUCUGGGAACUCUUUGAAGAACUCGUUCACAAACAACCCUUCUCCAACAUAAGAAAGCUCUCCAUUCUGCUUAGUUGUUGCAAAGGAGACGCAGCAAGAUGCUUACGGAUGAUUCCUCGCACAGGGGACUCGUAUGAAAAGGCAAUCGAACAGCUAAAAGAUCAAUACGAAGACCCAAGGAGAAUAACCAUACACAUGAUCUGUCAACUCACAUCAAUGAAGCCAAGUAAUAAUGAUCCACGUACCCUAUGUAACAAUCUUAAUGACAUCAAAGCCAUCAUAGCCACAAUACAAAAACAAGGCGAAAUGGUGGACAAUACCUACAUGACUACAUUAACCACAAGCACUACAACGAAUCUCCCAAGACAACAACGUCAUACAGCGUCCGUAUCGCUUUCCAAGCCGAGCAUCACUUUCUCCACGAAGACCAAGACCAAACACACCACAAAGGAAGACGAGCAGUUCCCCAUCAAGGGAAACAACUAA